AUGAAUAAAUAAAUACAAUGCUUAACUUAUCAUCAAAAAAAGAACGAAUUUCUAUUUAAAUUAGGAAAUGUUAAUGGGAAUAAAAAAUUUAUAAAUAAAAUCAAUCAUAUUUAAUUGAAAUAUUUUUAAAAUGAGAGUAAUUUUAAUUAAAUGUUCCUUCCCAUUACAAAACCACAUUAAAUAGUUGACAUCAAAAUCUUAGUUAGAUCAUAUGUUAGUUUUCUGAAGCAAAUUGAUGAGAAAUGGAAUAUUCAUACUAAUUGA